AUGCAUAUGUCCGUCGACUUCAGUCUGCGACAGUUUUGCCAGCUUUCGCUACCGAAGGCGGUUUCAUCCCAGGCCGUAUCGCCUCCUCUUCUGCUAAGUUUUGACACUUCCUCCGAUUCUGAUACAGAAAGUGUGUUUGAUUACUCGUAUACAGAGCUGGAGCUGUCCCAAGUACAACUUUCUCCGUGCUCGUGUGUGGUAUCUCCACCUGGCCUAAAAUUGACUGCUAUCGAACCCGUUACAGCAAAACAUUGUGCGUCUGGCAAUUUCCUUCGCCAGCCGCAAAUUAAUAUCCGGCGCCAGCUUCUGCGACUAAUGGAGCAGAAUCCUGGGACACCAAGAACGCAGACUGCAGAAACCCACAAAGCCGUUUACCAGAGUACUGCAGGAAUCGCGGGGGUCUGUAACCGACCCAAUACUCUCGUACAGGAUAUGCCAACGUCUUCUGUACUGACGCUAAAGUGCCGAGAGACUCGGGUCAAUAGCGAUUUUCUUCGCCGUUAUGCGUUGGAUUAUUCUGCUCGUGUGAGAAAAAUUCUACCCAUGUCUACCGACGAUAAAGAGAUUGUCUGUAUUGGACAAAAUCCCUCGCUUCAGGAGUUUGACAGCCAGCACGGGCUUCUUCGCAUAUCAACAAUGUCCAGAGAAAAGCUCUGGAACUCCGUCGUUCUUGCGCCACGACUGGAUGCGCGGCCGCGAGAAAGUAUAAUGCACCAGCAGGCAAUGCCGUGUGCGUCCGUGGCUCAAAAAAACACUAGCAAUUUCACAACUUGGCAACCUGCGGGUGUACUUCAAGGAGCACAGCAUUUACAUCAUUCAUCGUUUUGUACGACGGUGUCUACAUUUACGCAAUAUACCAUAAAAGGUUGGUGUGACCAGCGGUGGAUUGUACUGUAA